UUGAAGUUUUCGCUCUACAACAUCGCCACAUUCUGCACUUCAGCUUUUCUCUGUGUACUUUCAGCAGCAGAGCUGAGAUAAACAAAAGAAAGGAGCAGACUCUAUGCAGUGCUAUUUUCAUUUGAGCUUAUAAUACGUGGUCACUGAAAGAUGGACAGCAGCAAAAAAGUACAAAAUACACAAUGACAGAAGGAAAGGAUCUUGAACUUUAUGAGUCUUUCCAGGACAGCAGAGUUUGGACAGUCUUUCCUACAGACAAAAUACGAGGGAAUAAUACUGGACGGACUCAAGUCACCACAAGUGAACCAAUCUUUAAUGUUUUUCAGUGACUAGAAUUCAAAGACGGUGACAAAGAAAGUUACCUGUUAAUCUGUUAACAUACACAACCUGAGGAUUACAAAACACACCAUGGCUAAAAACAUCACCAUCACGCCUGCCACAACCUUCCACACUCCAAACAGCGAAAUUAACUUGACUAUGACUCCUGACCCCCACACACCUUGUGUGGAUUAUGGCGCACUACAAAUCCCACUGGCAGUGCUCUACUCUAUAAUCUUCAUUCUAGGUCUAGUGGGGAACCUGGUGGCUCUGUGGGUUUUCUUCUGUGUUCACUCUAAGAAGAACUCUGUGCGGGUAUUUCUCAUAAACGUAGCUUUUGCAGACUUGCUGCUGGUGGUAUGUCUGCCAUUCAGGAUUCUCUAUCACAGCCAAGGUAACGUUUGGAGCCUUGGGCCCACUGUGUGUAAAGUAGUGGGCACCCUUUUCUACAUGAACAUGUACAUCAGUGUCACACUGUUGGGGUUGAUCAGUGUCGAUCGCUACCUCAAGAUCAAUCGUGGUACAGGGGUGCAGUACAGGCUUCAGUCCACAAGGUGGAGCACCAUCCUUUGUGCAGUCAUCUGGAUUGUGGCAAUUGCCUUGACUUUGGUGCUCCUAAUGUCAAAUAAUCACUCACAGAUGAACAGGUUGGUGACGCCUUUAAUCAAACUAAUCUAUUUAUUGCAUAUUACUGUUUUGUUCAAAAAUCCCAACGUGUUUCUUGCCUCUAGGUGUUUCCACUACAAGCAGCUCCAGAAUGCAAAGUGGAAAGCCUACAUCAACAUCUUUUUGGUGGUUGGCUUCUGGCUUGUAUUCAUCUCUCUGGUGGUAUCUUAUGGAAAAAUUGCCCUCAAGCUUCUGAGAACAUCACAUGAGAAACCAGACCUGCCCAAUGCGCAGCACUAUGCUCGAACCGCUAAGAAGUCUUUCUUCAUCCUCUUUCUCUUCACCGUCUGUUUUGUACCCUAUCACAUGGUCAGGGUGUUCUACAUAAAAACCCAGAUCACAGACUCUUCAUGUUUCUGGCAGGGUGUGGCUGACAAAGCCAAUGAAGUGGCCUUGCUAUUUUCUGCCCUCAACAGCUGCCUGGAUCCCAUAAUGUACUUCCUGUUAUCAUCAUCAGUGAGGAAGGAGGUGCUGCGCUUGGUGAGCAACAUGUUUUGUGUGCGAGAUGUUGCUGCAGUCAGUGGGAGCAGCUCCACUGCUGAGUUGGAUGGUAAGAUUGGGAGGACUGACAGAGGACAGGCAAAUGUCAGCCUAACCAGCAAUGUUAAGACAGAUACUGGGAUGUGAAAGUACUCUGAGACAGUGAGCCUCCAGUGUCCCAACAUGCUGGCAACUGCAGAGAAAGAGGGCAGUAGCAAUGCUAUGCUGCUCAAUGCAGAACACAGACUCCACACAAGGGGAAAAGAUGCAGGAAGUAUCCUGAAUUACACAUCUCUUCAAUGUACCAGUUUCAUUAUGUAUGAGUGCAUGAGCAAUAUUAGUCAGCUAAACCUGUAUGCUAAUUGUGUCACUUUCCUAACAUUUAUUAACAUGCUGUGUCAUACUGUUAUCCAUUUCCCUUCACUUUAAUAACAACCCUUUAUUAAGCUUUGUGGUGACAUAGUAUGUAUGGUAAAGACAGUGACAUUAGCAGGACUGUAUGGAGGCUGCAGCCACACUGACCUUGCACCUUGUGCUGUAAAUGUAAUUUUAGUAUGGCUUAUUGCUUUGAUAGCAAUAUAGGAAGGGCUGCAAACCUAAGGCUCUGGUACAGGUAUAUUUCUUGCCAUAAUUGGGUAAUUUUCAGUCAGUAAUCGAUAAUAUAACUACAAUUGUUUUGAUUUGAUUAAUCCUCAGAGGGACACGGAUGUCUGAUUAAACUGUCAUGCCAGUCCAUCCAAUAGUUGUAGAGAUAGUUCAGUCUGGACCAAAGUGGAGUGACUGACAUUUAACAUUGCCAUCUAUAGAGUCACGCGGUAUGUCUAAAAAUUAUUCUUCCUAAUUUCCCAGAACUUCCAAUUUACAAUGAAGUAAUUUUAUAGAUAAAUAAUGUAAACGAUUAAUCAACUAUCAAGAUUGUUGUUGAUCGUUUCUGUCAACUGAUUCACAGAAUAAUAAUUUCAGUUCUCAUUGAAACCCUGAAAUUGAUCAGGGGCUUAUUGUGCAGUCAAGCAGCUGUAUUAAUGUAGUGCAAACAGGGAGAGCUGAACAACAGAUAAAGCAGCAACCAGAACAUUUCUAUGUUUGAUAUUUAUUUCAAUCUGUGGCAAAGUACUGCUGAAAUAAAAACAAUGGACCAAU